UGCAGCUGGUCUGCAGCAGGUAUAUACAGCAGGCAGAGCGUUGUGUGUCCUCCACACCGCAGGGCUGGGGUCGGAGGUCAGGCCCUGUCGAUCCACAGACACUGAGCUGGUCAACUUUCCUGCCACAAGAUCCACAGACAUGUUGUGCUUUAAGCUCUGCCUGAUUGGAUUCAGCAUGCUGACGGCUGCAGCUGGAAGUCACCAGGCUUUUACCAGCUCUGCAGAGAUGAACAUCUCAUCUUGCCCCAUCACCUACUACGGUCAGAAAUAUGAGAAAGUAUAUGUGGGCUUCGAGGCAGACAGAUUUGCAGUUUGCUUUAAGGGUUUAUACCAACCUGGCAUCCAAAAUGACUGCAUUCUGAUGUCCGGUGGAACGGCCGACAGGGGCGGCCUGUCUGUGCUCAGCAGAGAAAUACCAACUGGAUCCGGAGUUCACAAGCUUCUGCCAAACCUGAAAUAUGCUGGGAAAUGUGUGAAUGUAAUCCCACUGACGGACAGUCAGCAGUCUCAGGUUGAACAGGUGGAACUGGGAAACUUUGGGGCACAAUCAAUCCUGGCAAUCAAGACAUAUUCUGGAUACACCGAUGUUAACGUGGUGGCUGAUGCUCAGGUUAACGGACUCACCGUUUCCAAACAGACUUUCCAGACCUCUGAAACAAACAGCGGCGUUAUUACUGACGUGAGCGGAUGCCGAUUUUCAGGACUGGCCUAUGAGACCAACACAACGGUGAAUGACCCAAGAAUCUGUUGUACGGUAACCUGUGACGUUAGCGGAGCUGCAACAGCUGUCAGCCACUGUGGCCCCAUGGAGCAUUGCCAGGGGGACGGCAGCUGUGCCAUGAACGCUGUGUGUUCUGUGACCGGCUCCACUGUCAUAGGCUUCACUAGCAGACCUCAGUCUGUCCCUGACCGCUGUGGCUACUCUCUGCUGAGGUCCUCGUCUCUCCCAGGCCUCCAUGUGCUGGGAGUUUUUAAGGAAAGACGACGUAAAGAUCUGAGUUUUCUGGACCGCGUCGUCCUACAGCUGGACAGGGAAGGUGCUCAGAUUUCCUUAGAGCAAGGCAGCAAAGUUAAGGUAAAUGAUGACUUCCUGACCGUACAUGCAACGCCCCAGAUGGUCCACAGUGUGGCGCUCACCAAGAGCCACGCUGGUGUGACUGCGAAGUUGGAAGCCUCCAACUACACAGUGUCUGUUGUCUUUGAUGGCCAAACUGCAAUAAUUCAUCUAACAGGAUCAAGUGAAGCUCCUGUGCAGGGUUUAUGUGGCGAUUCAAGCUCAGCUGUAAACGAGCAAAAAUCGUCUGAAUACAGCGACACAGACUGCGAGAUGCAAUAUGAUGAUGAUGCUGACAGCACAAGCAGCUGCAACACCACUGCAAAACGGUGUAAUCUCCUGCAAGAAGGUUCCUUCACUGCAUGUAACUCCUAUGUUGACCCGGAGCCCUUCGUUCAGGCCUGCACUCAAACCCUGUGCAAAUACCCUGCAGUAGAUGACCUGACAUGCCACUUUCUGAAGGGCUACGCUGAGGUCUGCAAAUACAAAAGCAAUGUAACAGUGCAGGACUGGAGAUCACAUACCAGUUGUGCUGUUCCUCAGGCCACCUGUCAGGACAUGUUCUGCGGUUCUCAUGAGUUCUGUGCUGUGGACAGCUCAAGCGGUGAGGCCCGCUGUCAUUGCAGGGCCCUUUUUGCAUCCAAGUACAAACCAACAAACUCCUUUGGUGAGCCGAUUGUCUGUGCAGACAAAGGUGCCACAGUGACUCUGGCUAACUGCCUGCUGGAGGACAAAGGCAUCGACUACUCUGUCUUACACCUCAACGACCAGUCCUGUAGAGGUCAGCUGGACAACUUGACCCACAUGGUGACAUUCAGUUUCAGCAGUCAGAAUACCUGUGGUACAGUGGUCCAAGCAAACAACAGCCAAAUCAUCUACAAGAACGCCAUCAUGACUCAGAAUAUCUCCAUGUUUGGACUGAUCACCCGGCAUGACAAGGUGCACAUGGACUUCUCCUGCUAUUACAGCCAGCCAGACGUGAAGACACUGAGCAUCCGAUUCAGACAGAGCUCUGUGAUCCAGCACAUUUCUUCUGGUGAAUGGAAAUACAAUCUGACCAUGGAGGCCUACACCAGCCGCGACCGCACAAAACCCAUCGAUUCUGACGCAGACAUUGACCUGAACCAGAGACUCUGGGUGGAGCUGAAGACAUACGGACUGGAGGAAGACAGGGUUGCUGUGGUGACGGACUCCUGCUGGGCAACGGAUCGACCUUCGCCAGCUGGAGGCCUAAGAUACAAUCUCAUUAUCAACGGCUGUCCUAAUCCCAAAGACCCAACAGUGGCGGUGGAAGGAAAUGGGCUGGGAACAUCCACCGUUUUUUCUUUCAACACUUUCCAGUUUACUGGCAGUAAUGGUAAUGUUUUCUUGCACUGCAAAGUAGAGCUGUGUGUCAGGCAAGGGGACAACUGCAUCCAGAGGUGCGCUCAGACCGCGAGAGGCCGCAGAUCUGCCCGGCCAAAAUAUGAGACCGUAAACCUCGCCUUCAUCUCAGUGGCCUGGACUUAUUAGGACUUCAUGGAGAAACACACUGACAGCCUCAGUCCUGAUGGGAUUUGAUACAAUGAAGAAUCCACCAGGGGCUCAUAACAACCGUCUGCUGAAACGUGGAACAGACUCUUUCCUUUUAGUCAUGAAAGACUCACAUGUUUUUGGGAAGUGUCUCAUAUAGUCUGGUGGAGGACAAAUUAUUUUUCAAUAACUGAUAGGACAGUAAUUAUGACAUUUUUAGCAAACAGCACUGCUUAGGAGGAUCGUGAAGCGUUUUCUGCUUCGUCAUCUUGACUCUGCUGCACCAAUUUAGCUUCAGCCUUCCAUUUUGUCUGCUGCCAUGCAGAAGUAGAGCAAACAUCUGAAGUGAGACUCAAUGCAGAGACAUUUGGUGAGACAUUUUUGAGUUUUGAUCCAACAUUACAGGAAAAGAAGAUAAGUGAAGCAAUUUCUAACGAGUCACACAUCAGGUCUGUGAAGUUAUUUGGGGGAAACCACAGAUAAAUUGACAUUAAAGCCCCAAAGGUCGGACCUUAAAGAUUCCACGAGGUGCUCUAAAAUGCUUUGCAAAACAUGGAUGUGUUCCAUACGAUCCCAUAAAGGAAGCUUGAGGGGGUGAAAGUCUUGUUUUUUUUAUCUUCGAUAUCUCCUUGACUCCGUGAAGGGUUUCUGGCUACUAAUUUUUGUUGUGCAACGAGGCACAAUUGAAGCUUAGUCAUGGUGGUUUUGGUUUAUUGCAUAAAUACUCUCAGCAGUCCGGCUGCAUUGAUCUGAGACAUCUUUUGUUAGCAUGAUAUGUGGAACGUGCAGCAAAUGUAAUCUGUGGCACUUUUUCUGGGCUUCAGACCCAGAGCAUCCAGACAUGAUGGGGUUGAUUGUGCCAUCAGGUGAUGAUGCACUGGACUUAUUAGGUUGUCCUGCAGCUCAAAAUUGGCAUUGCUGGGGGACAUUUAUCAUCUACUCUGUUAUUAUUAUUAUUAGGGUUUUAAUCUCCAAAUAUUUGACAAGCCAUGUUUUCUGUCUUUGUAUCUAUACGCCCCAUAUUUUGUUGGAUGCAUUUUGUACUUACAAAAGGCAGGUGAGUAAGUACUUAAUGAAACGUAAAACACCUAAAUGAUCAAAUCUGAACCAAGUUUUGAUCAUAUAUGUCAGGCUGUUUAUGAAUAUUUCUAUUAAAUGCCUGAAACUUUUUUAUUUUAUUUUACAAAGAAAACUGAACCUAUUUCUAGCCUUAACACAUUUAUUGUUCUGGACCCAGUUUCAGGCAUUAACCUUUGAUUUAACCACUAAGCAUAUGAUGUAAUCAUGGCAAACACCUUCACACAGACGAAUGUGGUAGUUAUGCUGUUGAUCACUGUUGUAUUCAGCUCAAGAGAUCGACCACAGGCAUUUAUCCAUAUCUUACAUUUGUUUAGACUCUGUUUGGGUUUUGAAAAUGGAAUAAACUCUAAAUGGUCUGGAUAAAGUGUUUCUAAAGUGGAUGUUCUGACAAUGCUGAACCAUUUUCACCAAAUCUCUAUGAGCCUUUAUUUGCAAGCAAGAUGUUAGCGGUCAAGCUAGCAUCGCUGACCCGCUUCCACUAGCAAAAUGUUUUUAAUUAAAGCCUUUUCUUGACCAUGUUAUCUAGUUGUCGUAGUGUUGACAAUUAGUAGCAAAGCACUAAUUUUAUCACCCCUA